AUGAUAAGAACUCGAAUUGUCUGGAGAAUCGAAACGAUGGGCUGGAACUCCAGAUUGAAGAAUAGCGACAACCGUCAGGCCCUAGAGUCGACGACGCCUCUUAACACCAAGACAACGUCGUGGCUAAAAGAUCCCGGACUUCGCCCCCUCAAUUUUGGUCUCUUCUUCCUUCUGUUUGGUGAUGUUGCUCAUGGUUUCGACGGAUCUUUGAUCAACAACCUCCAACAGAUUAACAAAUGGCAAGAUGACUUUGACCACCCCCGAGCAAGUCUUCUAGGUGCCAUGAGCGCAUCGUACUGGAUCGGGAACAUCCUAGGAGUCAUCCUCAUUCCCCUUGUCGCAGAUCGCCUCGGCCGACGCAUCGCAAUCGCCACGGGUUCCGGCCUUUGCAUCGUAGGUGCAGCAAUUUGCGCAGCGACAGUGAGUCACGGAGCCUUCAUCGCUGGCCGAAUUCUUCUUGGCAUGGGAGGAGUCAUGUGCUCUUCCGUUUCAACGGUCUUGAUGACGGAGCUGGCGUACCCAUCCCACCGGGCGACGGCGACGGCAUUGAGCAGCACGACAUACAGCGUCGGGGCCAUCUUGGCCGCCUGGGUAGCCUUUGGAAGUUUCCGAAUUUCGGAUUCAUGGGCGUGGAGAACGCCGACACUGAUUCAGGCGUUUCCAUCGGCGAUGGUGCUAUGCGGACUCUUCUUCUUGCCGGAAUCGCCUCGAUGGCUUUGCAGCAAGGGCAAGGAGCAGACAGCGCUUGAUAUCCUGACAAAGUACCACGGUGCAGGGGAUGCCGACGAUGCAGUCGUCCAGCACGAAUACGCCGAGAUCAAAGAGACUAUCGAGGCGGAAAUCACGCAGAACAAGAACCCCUUCCACCUCAAGGCUCUUUUCGCAACCCCAGGCAACCGGUGGCGAUCGUUCAUCAUCAUCUGGUGCGGGAUAUGCAAGCAGUGGUCCGGGAACGGGUUGGUAUCAUAUUACCUGGGAAGCAUGCUCAAAAGCGCAGGCAUCACCAAGCAGAUCGAGACAACGUUGAUUACCGCAACAUCUCAGAUGUUCAGUUUCGCAUGUUCCUUUGCCUUCGCCUUCCUUCCGGCGCGUGUCGGCCGCCGGCCCCUCAUGCUGACAAGUAUGGCCGGAAUGUGGGUGGUAUUCGCAGUCAUCACGGCCACGUCCGGCGCCUACGUCGAGACAGGGAACCGUCACGCAAGUUACACAACCGUGGCGUUCAUCUACCUCUACAGCGGUGUGCAUAAUCUAGGCUGGACGGGCGCACAAAUGCUCUACAUUGUCGAAAUCCUUCCCUACACCAUCCGCGCCAAGGGCAUGGCCAUGUUCUCUCUUGUCGCGGGUAUUUGUGGAGCCUUCAAUACCUACGUUAAUCCUCUCGGCAUUGCAGCCAUGUCCUGGAAGUUUUACUUCUUCUAUGUUGGCUGGAUUAUUGUCCAGUUCAUUGUUGUAUACUUGUUUUUCCCUGAGGUAAGCUCUCGAUCGGUGAUCCACGUGGAGACCCGGCUCCCACAUGAGUUCAACCAGUGUGUAUUGGGGACUAAUCGCGUGAUGAUUCAGAUGCGGCCUGACCGUCCAACCUCCUUGGUUGAGCUUCCAAUCGCAUCCAGACGCCGAGACCCCUGGAAACAUGCAGCAGCCACCAAGAUCUUUGUCAAUAGAUCUGCUAUACAAUGUGUUUGGGUUGUCUGGUUCUGGAUCCAGGGCAAAUCGAUUUCAGAGUAUCGAAAGUGUGCAAGGCAGUCGCAACUUACACAGGUCGCGGCUACUAAAGAGCGGCUCCUGUGCUGCAGUAAUUCUUGA